CAGAGCAGGCGGAAGUGGUACUGCCCUGAAUCCCCGGAGCAGCAGGACGGCUCGAGCACUCACAUCAUCCCCGAGAAUAAAUAGCAGGAUCUCUCCCAGCGCACUCUAAAAUCCUAGCGAUGGAUAAGAACGACCAGGUCCAGAAGGCUAAGCUCGCGGAGCAGGCCGAGCGUUACGACGACAUGACGGCGGCCAUGAAGGCUGUGACAGAGCAGGGGGUGGAGCUGAGCAACGAAGAGCGCAACCUGCUGUCCGUCGCCUACAAGAACGUGGUGGGGGCGCGCCGUUCAUCCUGGCGGGUCAUCUCCAGCAUCGAGCAGAAGACGGAGGGCAACGAGAAGAAGCAGCAGAUGGCCCGCGAGUACCGCGAGAAGAUCGAGGCGGAGCUGGAGGAGAUCUGCAAGGACGUGCUGAACCUGCUGGAUAAGUUCCUCAUCGCCAAUGCCACCCAGGCGGAGAGCAAGGUGUUUUACCUCAAGAUGAAAGGAGACUACUUCAGAUACCUGUCAGAGGUCGCCUCCGGGGCAAGCAAGAAAACCACGGUGGACAACUCCCAGGAGGCCUACCAGGACGCGUUUGACAUCAGCAAGAAGGACAUGCAGCCCACGCACCCCAUCCGCCUGGGUCUGGCCCUCAACUUCUCCGUCUUCUACUACGAAAUCCUUAACUCCCCAGACAAGGCCUGCCAACUGGCCAAGCAGGCGUUUGACGAGGCGAUCGCUGAGCUCGACACCUUAAACGAAGACUCCUACAAAGACAGCACCCUGAUCAUGCAGUUACUAAGGGACAACCUGACUCUGUGGACAUCAGAACAUCAGUGCGACGAGCCUGAAGUCGGCGAGGGGGAGAACUAAAGCGCUCGCCCCGUCCCCCCCCCCGUCCCGUCCCCCCGGUCCUCCCCGCUCCUCCCCGCUCCCUCCGCCUCCACACCUCCACUCUUCCUCCCUCCCCCUCCCUCCCCCCUUCAUCUCAAACACACAUGCUGUGUCUCCACCGCUGCCUUCUGUAUAACCCGGCGGCAUGAGGUGUGCUCUAACCCGCACCACCUGGUAGACACCAAACCCUAACAUGAAUAACUCCAUCCCCUGAGGUGUGGUCACCCCACGGGGAGGGUCCCAGAUACAAAACGACGUACAGAACAAACAGAUGUAAUUAAUGGUGGAAGUUGUAUUUUAUUUUUCUCGUCUCCCCCCCCCCCCCCACCCCCCACAAUCCACUAAGUAUAUAAGAUCACAUUCCUGGUCAUAUAAUCCCCACCUCUCACCCCCUCUUCCCCCCCCCCCCCCUCCCUUUCUGUCUAGACGAUUAAUGCAUUCAUAUAGUUUCUCCCUUUGACAGCUUCUUAGUGUACUGGCAAAAUGGCUGGUUUUAUUCCACUCUAAACAAACAAAGGUUAUUAAACUGUCCGUUUAUUUUGAACAAACAACUGUGACGUUUAGUUAUUCCUGCGCGAUACACCGGGCCCGGCGAGGGGGGGAAGCACUCUCCCCCACAGAAGGGAAGACGGUCUGUUUUCGAUUUGUCUGGGACCGAGACGUGGUGCUGAGGUUUAUACAGAAGGCUCAUCCAAGGCAGUAUUGCGACACUGACUAAAGUAUAGAAAAUUGCCUAGUCAAUAAACACUGUCUCCUCAAAUAUCAAUGCAAGCGGUUUUCAUUUAAUUAAAUAAACAAGCAGCAAAACUCUGAGCCACAUGAAGAUCCAUCUUUAGCUCAGCGUUUCCACACACAUUUCCUGUAAACUUCAAAGGGGGUGAUAGCCUUUGAAGUUGCACCCUUAUUAAUGUCAAUCACAGAGCUAAGUGAAUCCAUUACAGUGUAAUGUGGCUGCCACAGAUAUAACAUCAAGAAGUUCUACACCGUGUUCAAGAACAUGGACAAGUUCUAGGAAUGGGUUUGGACUGGCCUUUUGCUUUUCACACUUCUUCGGUUGUCCAACUAAGUGCUUUUAGCCGGAGUGGUUGGGGGUUAGGCAGUGCUUUGGCCUGUCGCAAGAAUUACAAAACAUUUGAGAAAGUUUACGGUUCUGCUGAAUACUAACCAAUGUGAUCUGCCGUAGAGUGGCGACACAAACAGUAUAAUGCUCGGGAAAUGGUGCCACCUGCUGGUGCUCCAUACUCUAGUUUUACACCAAGGAGGCCUGUUUGUUAGCCAAUCAGGAAAGACUCCCGUGUUUAUCUACAGAUGGGUAAUUAAAGGGUACCGAUGACACUAACUUUCAAAAUCUGAAUUGAAUCAUCUACUGAGCAGCUUAACCUAAUUUAAAGCAUUCAAUAUCUUUAUUGGUAUGGUUAAAUAUUUUUGGAUGUUUAAACAUCGAUCUGCUGCCAAAGGGGGGGAUGACCCAAACACGGCCACGGUUCAACCAUCCGCAGCUUAUAUUAAACGGUUAAAUCAGUCAGUGUCUCAAUACUCUUCAUCGUUACCAUCCUCCUCCCCAUUCCGCUCCUUUUUAGAUGUACGAAGAUCAUGUCUUUAUUUUAUUUCUCGCUGAGGGCAAGUUUUCAUGCACUGAAUUGAAAUAUCACAAACCCCUUGCCAUCUGUCUCUAGCUGAACUAAAAGGCAGUUAAUCUAUGCUUGAUAAGGAGGGAAUAGAAUCCCAUGCAGCAGUGAGUGUGGCUCAGAGUCUGUGUGUAUAUCUGCUCUCUCAACAAACGUUCUGUUUUUACUGAUCAGUAUUCUGCUGGAAAAAGAAAAACGUUAAAACACAACAAAAAAAAAUCUACUUUGCUUCUGUGGCGGUUUUAUUGCUUAGCGCACGUGGUUGUGAGAUCUUAGAAUUUAGCUCAGACACCCCUGGAAAAAAAAAGUACCCCAAAAAAAAUAUCUUCCUAACCAUCUUCUUCCCCCGG